GACAAAUUACAAAUUUAGUUUGGAGUUAACUCUGUUCGCAUCAUGUGGUUGCACUGGCUGAUCUGUGUAUUUAUCUUGCUGCAAGUGGCUAAAGCCACCAAGUGGUACGGUGGAGGGUUGGAAUUUAAUCACCCCUCUGCCUGGAUAGAUGAACACUUGCCUUGCGGCCAGGAUCUAGUUGUUUUUCCGGAAUAUUAUCCUGCCCUGUUGCCCCUGCCCGAGGACAUAUCCAUUGAUGGUUUAGUUUUCCCCAGAGAGGGGGCGAUUCUUCUGGCUGAGGAAUCUACCAUGACCUUUGGAUCGAAUAAAGAUUCCAACUGUGAGAGUGAAGAGAAAAAAGCCCAUUUAAAGCCACCCAAGUCGAGUAAAUGGUUUGAUCCCGACACGUGGGUGGACAAGUCCAAAAAGGAUUUUGCCACAUUCAUGCCAGAGCUGGAAAGGAUACCCUGCGAUGACGAGCAGGUCAUAAUCAAGGGUCACGGCCCAUUGGCCUUUGAUCUCGAGAAUGUUCAGCACCUGAGACUGGGACAACUUAUUCUGGCUGGCUCCUCCAUUUCCAAAACCUAUUUGGAACAACUCAUCACCAGGGACUUGGGGCAAUUUCUGUUCCACAAUGCCCAGGAUGUCCAGGUGGAGUACUAUAGAGGAGAGCUGUGUGGCUGCCACAAGGACUUCGAUCGUUUGCUGGAACCCGUUUGCCACAAUGUUCGGGAGCAGUGCGAAACGCCCCACUGUUUGUCUCCAGUUUGGCCCUUGGGGUCCUGUUGUCCCAUCUGCGGGGCCAUUUUGACCACACCGACCAAUCACUGCACCGAGAGCAGUAAAAAGGAAAUCAUAACUAAAUUAAAUGACCUAAUUGGCACAAAAAGUCUAAAGGAUCAGAUCCAACUCCAUGCGGAGUUUGUGGGCUCUCAACAGUAUGGAAACUUCCUGCAGGUCACAGUUACGGAUCGUCUUGGCUACAGUGAACAAAGCGUGGAGUUCUUGCAAAAGCAGCUCGAUUAUUGGAACAAAUCGAACACUACGUUGAAGGUUUCCGGUCGACCCUAUAACCCAAAUGUGAGCUUCUCCUCAGUCGUUCUGAUACUCUUCUGCAUGGCCCUGGUUGGCUUGGUUUCCGUGGUCAUUUUGGCCCACUUUAUGCCGGAGAAUCCCUACCUGAAUCGUAUACCUCAGUGGAUCCACGAUCCCAGGUACUGGAGGUGGCGUCACUUGGGUGUAAGACUUCGCAGGAAUCUGCUUUUCAAUCGGCUUGAAGACGUCGGCUCUGGUGGUGGUGGCUCCAGUGAGAGAGGUGCUUCUGGAGUGCAACGUCUGGGAGUAAUGGCCUAUGAUCCGGAGAGCGGAGAAGUGAGGGAACGGUCCUUUGACAAUCCCAUGUUCGAGCAGGCAGAAGCCAUCGAAGUAGCUGCAAAGGAAUCGCAGGAAGAGGAACAACACUUGGGUGCCCCCAAAAUGGAGACAGGCGAUCUGGACACCAGUAGUGUGGUGGAUGAGCAGGAGCUUACGGAAAUCAAUUUAAAAACCUUGGAAGCGGAAACCGAUGAGGAGACCAUUUAACAGGUUUUUCUCCAAUAACGCAAAUCGAAAUCAAGAAAGCAAUUCAAAUUCGCCAAGCCGGAAAGGUUUUUUUGAAAUCAUAAAAAAACGUCUACAUCGAGUUAUAUGCGUAUAUGUUAAAAAUCAAAGAAGUUACAUAUAUCGAUUUUCCUAUGACAGCUAUAUAAUUUUAUAUCUACGAUUUUUAUUAACUAAACCCGAAUUUCUAAAAUGAAACAAAUACUACAACAACAA